AUGCGCUUUUCUUUUAGGGGUGGGGGGAGGGAGGGACUCCCGGUAGACGCGCCAUGCCUCCCGUGCGCGACGCCGUUGUCUUUUAUCUCCACUCCUUUCUGCCUCUCCUGUCUUCACUUUGGCGUUUUUGUGUUCUGUCAUCCACCGAAGUCCCGCGCUACCAUUGACCCUCUCCUCCUUACAACCCAACCCAACCACAAGACAAGCGCCGCACACGCCAAACUGAGAGAAGCGCGCAAAGAAACCUACCCAUACAGAGUAAGAAAUCGCUCUAUUCUCACCCCGCCGCCUCUCCAGAAGGGUUUCUCUCCCGCUGCCUGCACCACCCCCUCCACCCCUCUCAAUCCAUCCCUCUUGGAACUAUCGACGGUCAUGAUGUCCAAACCGCAUCACGCCACGCUGGAGUCGAUCAAGUACACGCCUGGUUCUCUGCGCCUGCUGGAUCAGCGGAAGCUGCCUCUCGAGACCGUAUUCGACGAUGUCCUCACCGUGGAAGAUAUUUGGUCGGCCAUCAAGGAGAUGCGCGUCCGUGGCGCUCCGGCAAUCGCUGUCAGCGCCGCACUCGGCAUUGCCGUGGCGACCCAGAGAAAAGUUGCCAACGGCGAGCUCAAGAGCGGUGGUGAGGUGCAGACCUUCCUACUGACGAGCUGUGACUUUGUGAUGACUAGCAGACCGACCGCCGUGAACCUCUUCAACUGCCUGCGCGACCUUAAGGCGCAGGUGGAUAAACUUGACCUGACGAAGGCGGCUGCCGAGGUGGCGCAGGCCUUCGUAGAGCUGGCGGAGGCGGUGUACACAAAGGAUGUGGCCUUUAACGAGGGCAUUAUGCAGCACGGCGCAGCGCAUAUUUUUGCUGCUGCCAAGGCCGAAGGCCGCGACAAGGUGAGCAUUCUCACCAUCUGUAACACCGGCGCCCUCGCAACGUCACGCUACGGCACGGCACUCGGCGUCGUGCGCCAACUCUUCUACGACGGCAACCUCGAGAAGGUGUAUGCGUGUGAGACUCGGCCGUGGAACCAGGGUGCUCGACUCACAGUGUACGAGUGUGUGCAGGAGGGCAUCCCGUGCACGCUCAUCUGCGACGGCGCGGCCUCGUCACUGAUGAAGAAUAACAAGAUCGACGCCAUCGUCGUUGGUGCCGACCGCAUUUGCCAGAACGGAGACACGGCGAACAAGAUCGGUACGUACAACUUAGCGGUGUCGGCCAUGUUUCACGGGGUGAAGCUGUAUGUCGCCGCUCCUACCACGACGCUGGACGCAAAGACCGCUAGCGGCAACCACGUCGAGAUUGAAGAGCGCGAGCCGACGGAAAUCACAACGAACAUGGUGACAAAGCAGCGCGUUGUGGCGGAUGGACCACACUUGUCCAUCUGGAACCCUGUCUUCGACAUCACGCCAGGUGAACUGAUCACUGGCGGGAUCAUCACGGAAAAGGGUGUACAGGCACCCGCGACAAGCGCCCCGUACUACGACAUUGCGUCCAUCAUCGCCCAGCCAUGA